AUGAAUCAAAACACACUGAAAAUAUUGCAGUUGAACAUUAUGAAAUCACGCGCCGGUGUGGAGGCCCUCAUCAAUGACCAAGCAACACAGGACCUCGAUGUACUGGUGAUACAAGAACCAUCAAUCACGACUUACCAGACAUAUGUCAACCACCGCCUCUGGUACACAUAUCAACCAACCAACCUAGAUGGCCAUAUCCGAAAGCGUAGCCUUAUCUACGUCAAUAAAAAAGCCUCCACCUCAGCACACCGCCAAAUAGCCUGUAACCAUCCAGAUGUCACGGCAAUCAAAAUCCGGAACGAAAGGAGGCAAAUACUGGCGUUCUCGGUAUACAUAGAACCUAUUGACCUGCAUCGUGUCCACGAAAUACAAAGCAUGCAAGCCACCCUGAACGAGAUCGUGGCGACAAUCGAAGAACAUAGUCGAAACUGCCCAAUACCAACCAGCCUCAUCAUAGCCGGGGACUUCAAUCGCCACCACCCGGCAUGGAGCGGUACAUACGUGUAUGCUCGUAUCAUGACGCAUGCAGAAGAACUGAUCAAUUUCAUUCACGCCAAAGGACUGUCGUCGUCUCUUCCUAGCGGCACUCGACAAUGA